CCUGAGUCAAGAUUCCUGAGUGAGACGCAGCAGCAGGCUUGUUAUCUUAAUUAUACACUAUAGUGUAUACUUGAUUGUUUAUUAUUGUAUUUACCUGUGUCUUGGCCUCAGAUAUCAUGGUGAGAUACAUAACCAGUUGAAGACCUUCCUGUCCCGCAUGUUUAAUGUUAAUCAGUGAGGACAAGUGGUACACUCAGUGGACACUUGAAAAUGUCAAGGAAAAGACCAUCCGGACCAUAUAGUUAUGAUGAUGAUGAAGAUUACGUACCAAGCAAAGAUGUUAAAUACUCUGAACGUGAAGAUUUGAUUCCACAGAAAGAGAAGAAGCAUUCUUUAGACUCGGAUGAGGAAGAUGAUGAUGAUGAUGAUGAUGAUGAAACCGGUGGCAAAAAUUAUGACAUACUGAGAGAUGAAGAUAUUGAUGGUCAGGAAGAAGGCACUGUGGAUUUUGAGGGAGAGACUCAAAUAACGCCAUUUAACAUGAAAGAGGAACUGGAAGAUGGCCACUUUGAUGGGGAUGGCUUUUAUCAUUUUAAAAAGGAAAGUGAAACAAUCAAGGAUGCUUGGCUUGAUGACAUUGAUUGGGUUAAGGUUAAGCACCGAGAAGGGGACGAAAAGAAGUACGGAUCUGAUACAGAGAGUAAUGCGGACAGUGAUGAUAACCCUGGUGGAACACCAGCUAGUGGAAUUAUCUCAGUCUACACAGAGAUUCUUGAAUUUUUAAAACAAGGAGAGACAGUAGCCAAAGCUUUGAAGAGACUUGGUGGAAACAAGAAAAUGUCAUCAGCCCAAAGAUGGAAGUUGAAAAAAACUGGCAAUUUGGGUAAUGAGAAUGGAGACAACAAUAUGUCAGAUUUCCUCAAACUUACAGAGUUGUCUAAUAAAAUUAUUGAGACUGGUAAUAUGGAUGUCUAUCAAGAAACUUUUGAGAUGAUAAAUCUUAAGGUGGAGAGAUCCAAAGCUCCUGCUCCUAAGCCUUCAAUGGACAUUUUUGCUGAUGAAGACGAGCACUCGACCAAGGAGACGAAAUGUGAAGAUAAACUUGAAGGAUCAAUUCAAGGGCAGCAUGUACACGAUUCAGUUGCAAAAAUCAGUUGGGAGCUUCGCUGGGAAGACAAAGAAGAUGCACAGAUCCAUGGGCCUUUUAGUAAUGAGAAGAUGUUGAAAUGGCAAGAGUCUGGUUAUUUCAAGAAAGGAGCUUACGUACGAAAGACCUGCGAGCAGGGUCAAUCUUGGUACUCGACAAGACGUAUUGAUUUUGACCUAUACACAUAAUGUGAGUGUGGCUAAAUUUAAUUUUACAUUAAAGAAAAUUACAUUGGCAUUUAAUAUUUAAAAGGCUUUUAUGGCAUCAAGUACAAUUUUAAGAAAUGUAACAAUUUCCUGUUGUGACUUAUAAAAGCAAUAAAGAUUUAAAUUAAACAAA